AUGGCUUACAAAAAUGAUCGUCAUUUCAGCUACUAUUCAUCAUUUCCUUUUCGUAGACAAUUUGGGCAUGAGGCAGGAGACUUUCACGAACUCAUCGAUCAAGCCCUAUACGAAUCGGAUAAUUUUCGUAUGUAUGCCUACAAAAUAAAAAAAUGCCCUAAAUUCCGUAGCCACGACUGGACAUCUUGUCCGUUCACUCACCGAGGGGAAAAAGCGCGCCGUCGCGACCCUGAGAGAUAUAACUACUUGCCAAUUCCAUGUCCAAGUUUUAAAGCAGGGGAGUGUGUUAAAGGAGGUGGUUGUGAACUUUGUCAUGGGGUUUUUGAGUAUUGGCUUCAUCCUGCUAAAUACAGGACUCACCCAUGCAAUGCGGGUACUUUGUGUGAGCGAAAAGUCUGUUUUUUCGCUCACACGUUAAAAGAGUUACGUCCUGAAGUUAAGUACAAUUGGUGCUACGUCUAUUUGUACCCUUUACACAUCCAGCCUUAUCCUGACAUUUUAAUAGAAAAUGGACCAAAUGGCGGUUGGAUGAUUAUUCCUUCUAAUCCUCCACCACCCCCACCCCCACAUUACUAUAGUACUAUAUUUUAUGGACAUGAGAAUUCGUGGUCAACUAAUAAUCCUGAAUUCUUGAUCUCCUCUUCUUCUUCUACUUCUUCUUCUCGGCCUCAACAAAAUGUUGAAAAUACGACAAAUUAUGAGUUAUUUGUCCCUUCUACGUCUCAGUCUCAACCAAGAAUUGAACCAAAAGUUCAAAAUCAGACCGAAUUUUCGCUAUUUUCAAUGAGCCAUACAAGGUUAGCUGAGGAGCUGAAGAAUUUUGAGACUGGGAAUUCUUCUGGUAGGGUAAAUAAUGUGCAUGAUUAUAAGGGGAAAAGGCCUGUGGAGUGGGAGAAUCAAGAUCAAGAAUUUCCUAAUAUCAAUUGGGUUUCUGACUUGUUGGUAGACAAAGUUUGA